UGACUUGACAUUGUCAUUUCUACAUUGUAAACUUGUAUACCCCGGCUCAGCUGUUUCGGAGUUUUUUGUAUUAUGUUUCCCACAAUAUUUUAAGAGCAACUUGAUUUCUCUUCAGUAUGGCUCUUUUUCCUGCAUAUUCUGCUAAGUCUUUGGAGGAGGGCGACGGGGACGGAGCUCGUUGGCCAUUAGAAAACGAUGAUGCCUUGGAAGAAGAGCUUUUGGCGAGUGAUACGGAAGAAGAAAUGGAUACUCCGCCAGAAACCGAGGCGGAACCAUCGAAAAAUGAUAACUACUACGUAGAUUGCAAAUCGGAUAAUGGCAAUCGUCGUGUAUCAACCCUGUACUAUCCUGGCCGACCUCAGUAUGAACGCAGUUCGCACCGGCUGGGCGACACAGGUGGUGAGGGAGGGCAGCGCACCCGCCCGCGUCGGUAUUUCCGGCAGCACUUACCAGAGUCUACCGAUAACAGGUCCGAAGUGCAUGAGCGUGCCAUGGGGCUCCGCCAAUCUCUAGACGAUGCACCUCUUGAUACCGGACUGUGGGAGAGAUACAUUGACUUCAUGGAAACCUAUGGUGGAGAGAAAGAUGUAAUGGAUGCUGUGGAGCUGGCGAUGCAUAAGAACAGGAAGUCGCGGCGCGUGCGCAUGCGCUGGUACGCCGCAUUGCGCCGCACCCUGCCUCCGCAGCCCUACGCCGAGCGUCUGCGCGAGUGCUUAACUAAAGAACAAGAUAUGAAUAUGCGGCUGGAGCUGUGGCUGCAGCUGAUGCAGGCGUCGGGGGCGGCGGCAGAUAUUGGCGCGGUCACCUCGCUCGCCUCCGCCGCGCUGCACGACACGCGCGCCCUCCCCCGCGCCUACACGGACAUCUUCUAUGCCUACGGCGUGUGGGUGCGCGCGGCCGGCCUGUGGGAGCAGCUGGUGCAGCUGAUCGAGCUGGUGGCCGCCAUGAACUUCCCGCGCGCCGCCUUCCCGCCGCCGCGCGACCUCGCACGCGAACGAUGCCGCGAGAUGAAGCUCCGCAACAUCGAGGACAAGAUUAUAGAAAGCGGAUUGCCGCUGCCCACGGUGUGGGUACGCGUGGAGCGUGCCCGCGCCGCCGCCCACUGGCGACCGUACCUGCCGCCCGGCAAGGAGGAGGCGGGGCCGAGCGGCGAAGGGGCGGGGCCCGGCCCCGAGGAGGCGUGCCCGCUGGAUGACGGGGGUGACCCGCAGCGCACGCCGUUGCCGCACGACGUGGCCGAGCUGCUGCAGCCCAUCGUCGAUCCUCAUCAGCUGUUUAGACUUUCAGUGCGCCUGCUCAUGCUCGCCAAGGUGCCGCUGCUAUGCGGGUCCGGGUGGUCAGUGCGGGGCGCGUACGGCGCGGGCGGGGAGUUCGAGUGCGGCGAGGAGCUGCUGGGCGUGCUGAGCACUGCGCGCGCUCUGCCGCCGCGACACGCCGCCUACAUCACCUCGGACAUCGCGCAGCGCAUACUCGCGCUCUUCGUGGACCCCCCGCACUACUUCACAGAUGAAUACGGUUACCUGACGUGGGUGAACUCGCUGUGGGAGGCGUGCUGCGCGUGGGCCUGCGGGGAGCGGCGCACGGCGCUGCUGUGCUGGCGGCUGCGCUGGCUGCGCGCCCUGCUGCUGGCCGCGCACGCCGGCAGCGCGCCCGCAGCCACGGGCGCGGACUCCGCCACCGCGGACGCUGAGAUACGACGUAUGCGCGCCGACGCUAAGUACGUGUCGACCUUGAGAAUAUAUUAUAAAAAAGGAUAUUUGUGA